AUGACAGGGAAGAGAAACCAAACAACAAGCAGUCCUGUGGGAAGUCCAACAUCUGGUAACAUCUCAGACAGCUCCUCAAAAGAACAAGACAGGUUCCUCCCCAUAGCCAACGUUAGCCGUAUCAUGAAAAGGGCACUCCCAGCCAAUGCCAAAAUCUCAAAGGAAGCCAAGGAAACAGUUCAAGAGUGUGUGUCUGAGUUCAUUAGCUUCAUCACUGGUGAGGCCUCUGACAAGUGCCAGAGGGAAAAGAGGAAGACCAUCAAUGGUGACGAUCUUCUAUGGGCCAUGACAACCCUAGGAUUUGAGAACUAUGUCGGACCCUUAAAGCUCUACCUCAAUAACUACAGGGAAACUGAAGGAGAAAAGAGUUCCAUGGCCAAACAAGAAGAACACUCUCCAACCGAUCAAACUCAUCAAACCAAUGAUGGGGUGCCUCAUUCUGUGACAACCAAAGCAGACUUCAACACUUUCAGUGGUGGCUUCUAUUCUGUGGGGCCUCAAGCAACAGCUCCAAAGAGCUUCACUGAUAUUGGAGGGAUCAACGGUUAUAGAGAAAGCUCCAUGAACAGUGUCAUUUCUCAAAGUGCGGUCAGUGGUGAUCAAGAUGCAAGUGGUAAUAGAUUGAUGCCACCCAACCUACGUUAUAGGGUUGAAUGGUAG